AUGGCCGCGGCUGACCCAAAGACGUCGGCUCUUGGCAAAGCUGCGGCAUCAGGGAGAGGAAACCAAGCCCAAGUGGAACAAGAAGAGCCUGCACAAGCUGAACAACCUUUGAAAAAGGGGCCGCAAGCUAAAGCAAACUGGACCGCGAAGGACAGCAGCACCCUUAUGCUUCGUCUCAUGAUGAAAGAAAGAGAACAGGUGUUGCCGGAAGACAAACUUUUCUAUCAGCAGAUUGCAGAACACAUUGACAAACUCUUGCUUGAGACCUCCAAGCACAAACAGGGAAGAGACUCGCAGCUGCAAGCAUGA